CUAUCUCCUCUACGGAGCAGCGUACUACUAGAUCCUCAACCGUACCCAUACGAUAUACUACAUACUUCAUACCCAUACUUCGGUACCUUCUCAGUUCCAGCACAUCUCCUCUACUGAACGUACUAGAUCCUACCCCUACUACAUACUCUCAUCAGAGUUCGGUAAUCUUCAUCAGAUCUGAUCCCCGCGCGCAGCUGCUACGCUCCUAAACGGGUCUUUCGCAAGCCUGCUUCGAAUUCCCGCACGUCAGCUUUACGCUUACUAGCUUCGCGAGCGUCGCUUAGCUUCGCGAGCUUCGUCAGCUGCACCCCCAGGGGUUCUUCGAGUAAGAAACCCGAACUCGGCGCGCAAUCGUCGUGGCUGGAAAGUUUCCGUCCAUGGCGCCGGCUUUCGCGGCGGUGCUGUUCGCCGUGGCCUUCUACGGCGCGCUCUUCGCGUCGGGUGCGGCGGCGCAGAGUAACUGCGUUGUAUCGACUCUCCAUGGAUACGACGUGGAGGUGCAGCUCACUGACAGUCUCUUUCUCCACUGGAAGACGCCCAACUCGACGGAGCUCCACCUCGCCCUCGAGACGUACACCUCCGGCUGGGCGGCAGUGGGGUGGUCGCCGGACGGCAACAUGGCCGGCAGCGACGCGGUGGUUGGCAAUCUCGAGGAACGGGCGGCGGACGGCACAGAGGUCAACGGGUCGGGCCUGCCGGCGGCUUAUAAGCUCGUGUCGACCUCCGCCGGCGGCCAGGAGCGCGUUGGGGAAAUGAGCUCUUUCCUCGGGGGGGCAAAGGGCCGUGCGGUGACAGGCGCCGCGACUAUCCUCGAAUUCACUCGCACGGAGGGAUCUGGAAACGUGCCAGUGAAGCUGGCGGGCCCGUCCAACAUCAUCUUUGCGUACUCCGGGGACAGCUCGAGAACUUUUGGUUAUCACGGCCUAACAAGGGGAUCCACGGUACUUGAUUUCUCCUGCACCGUGGGAGGGGCACCGAUAGAAGCACCCGGGAGCGAGCCAGCACCGAUCGAAGCACCCAGGAGCGAGCCAGCACCGAUCGAAGCACCCGGGAGCGAGCCAGCACCGAUCGAAGCACCCGGGAGCGAGCCAGCACCGAUCGGAGCACCCGGGAGCGAGCCAGCACCCAUCGGAGCACCCGGGAGCGAGCCAGCAUCCGUCGGAGCACCUGGAAGCGAGCCAGCACCCGUAGGAGCACCCGGGAGCGAGCCAGCACCCAUCGGAGCACCCGGGAGCGAGCCAGCACCCAUCGGAGCACCCGGGAGCGGGCCAGCACCCAUCGGAGCACCCGGGACCGAGCCAGCACCCAUCGGAGCACCCGGGAGCGAGCCAGCACCCAUCGGAGCACCCGGGAGCGAGCCAGCACCCAUCGGAGCACCCGGGAGCGAGCCAGCACCCAUCGGAGCACCCGGGAGCGAGCCAGCCCCCAUCGGAGCACCCGGGAGCGAGCCAGCACCCAUCGGAGCACCCGGGAGCGAGCCAGCACCCAUCGGAGCACCGGGGAGCGAGCCAGCACCCAUCGGAGCACCCGGGAGCAAGCCAGCACCCAUCGGAGCACCCGGGAGCGAGCCAGCACCCAUCGGAGCACCCGGGAGCGAGCCAGCACCCAUCGGAGCACCCGGGAGCGAGCCAGCACCCAUCGGAGCACCCGGGAGCGAGCCAGCACCCAUCGGAGCACCCGGGAGCGAGCCAGCACCCAUCGGAGCACCCGGGAGCGAGCCAGCCCCCAUCGGAGCACCCGGGAGCGAGCCAGCACCCAUCGGAGCACCCGGGAGCGAGCCAGCACCCAUCGGAGCACCCGGGAGCGAGCCAGCACCCAUCGGAGCACCCGGGAGCGAGCCAGCACCCAUCGGAGCACCCGGGAGCGAGCCAGCACCCAUCGGAGCACCCGGGAGCGAGCCAGCACCCAUCGGAGCACCCGGGAGCGAGCCAGCCCCCAUCGGAGCACCCGGGAGCGAGCCAGCACCCAUCGGAGCACCCGGGAGCGAGCCAGCACCCAUCGGAGCACCGGGGAGCGAGCCAGCACCCAUCGGAGCACCCGGGAGCGAGCCAGCACCCAUCGGAGCACCCGGGAGCGAGCCAGCACCCAUCGGAGCACCCGGGAGCGAGCCAGCACCCAUCGGAGCACCCGGGAGCGAGCCAGCACCGAUCGGAGCACCCGGGAGCGAGCCAGCACCCAUCGGAGCACCCGGGAGCGAGCCAGCACCCAUCGGAGCACCUGGGAGCGAGCCAGCACCCAUCGGAGCACCCGGGAGCGAGCCAGCACCCAUCGGAGCACCCGGGAGCGAGCCAGCACCCAUCGGAGCAUCCGGGAGCGAGCCAGCACCCAUCGGAGCACCCGGGAGCGAGCCAGCACCCAUCGGAGCACCCGGGAGCGAGCCAGCACCCAUCGGAGCACCCGGGAGCGAGCCAGCACCCAUCGGAGCACCCGGGAGCGAGCCAGCCCCCAUCGGAGCACCCGGGAGCGAGCCAGCACCCAUCGGAGCACCCGGGAGCGAGCCAGCACCCAUCGGAGCACCCGGGAGCGAGCCAUCUUCCAUCGGAGCACCCGGGAGCGAGCCAGCACCCAUCGGAGCACCCGGGAGCGAGCCAGCUUCCAUCGGAGCACCCGGGAGCGAGCCAGCACCCAUCGGAGCACCCGGGAGCGGGCCAGCACCCAUCGGAGCACCCGGGAGCGAGCCAGCACCCAUCGGAGCACCCGGGAGCGAGCCAGCACCCAUCGGAGCACCCGGCAGCAAGGCGGCACCGAUCGGCACAGCUCGUCGUCUUCUUCGUGUGCAUGGGCUCCGCGGUUGCUGAUUUCCCUUGCAAGGCACUACCCAGCCCGUCGCCACGACCCCCCCAGCUGAUCAACAUGCCUCCUGCCUAAGGCACGAGGAUUGGCUCUCAGCCGUGCAUCUUGGCUGGUGUCCGUGGCAGUGCUUGCUGGCCUGGCUCCUUCUCUUUUGCAAGUAGCCUUGGUGAUGGCGUGCAUGCCUCAUGCGAUCAACCUUGCCAAUAAAAUGCAUGCCCAUGUUUUCUAGUGAUGCCUCAAUAAAAUAUAUUUGUUCCA